AUGGAUCGACCCGCUGGAGCUCCCUGCUCUUCUGCCCUGGACUUCGUGGAUGCAUCGCAUCGCGAGCCUUCCACUGUGAUCUUGCCGCCCGUGCAGUCGCUGCUCGUGGACCGCGGCGCCGAGCAGGGCGACCCGCUUGGGCCGCUGCUGUGCGCCGCGGCCCUCGCGCGGGUCCUGGCCCGCACCCCCGCCCAGGGGGGCGUGCCGUUCGCCGACGUGUGGUUCGUGGACGACGGCCAGAUCGUCACCCGCGGCCAGCGUGGACCCGUGGCCGCGGGCGCUCGACGCCGAGGCCGCCACGUGCUCUGCGUCGAUGUCGGCGGCGGCACGGUCAGCGAGCAGUUCCUCGCAGCAGCGGGCCAGGCUGUAGCCGUGCGCGACGCGCUAAACCUGCCGGAGGACCAGAGCCUGGCGCGGGCCGUGAUCACUUGUUGGAGCAUGAGGUGCCCAGCCUCAGGCCCGAAGUCGAAGGCAGCCUUGUACCUCCUGGCAUGUUCCGCCGUGGCAGAGGGGACAGGCUGGUCCAGGAUGGUUCCGGUGGACAGCCGCGUGCGCACGCUGGUCGAGAACAGCAUCAAGACGAAAACGAGGUCGCUCUUCGUAAUCGUGGGAGACCAUGGCCGCGACCAGGUGGUCAACCUGCACUAUAUGAUGAACAAGAUCUCGUCCACCAAGCCUUCGGUGCUGUGGUGCUACAAGAAGGAGCUCGGGUUCAGCAGCCACCGCAAGAAGCGGAUGAAGCAGGAGAACAGGGCGCACAGGGACGCCGUGUACUCCACACUAAAGUGCGGGGAUGUGUAG